GGUAGCCAUCUUGUGCUCCCCCAGCUGCUGCCAGGAGCCUCACCACCCGACUUCCUCCUGCAGAGUUCGGGUACGAAGUGACGUACGGAGGCGGUGGGGGCGUAUAUGGCGGGGGCGGUGCUGGGGCGGGGCUGGUGUGGGAGAGCACGGCACCUGGGGCAGCCCUAACCCAUUACCCACCCCAUGAUGCUGCCUUCGCUGCUGCCGCCGCCGCCACCCUCCCCCUCCACGACCUAUGGCAGACCCACACCUUCAGGGGCCAGUGUGUCAUGUCUCACAGGUACGGCAGUGGUGGUGUGGAAGUGGAGGUAAGAAAGUAAGGAGGAGAGUUCCUACCAUGGCCCAACGACGGGCAGCCAACGUCAGGGAGAGACGUCGUAUGUUCAAUCUCAACGAAGCCUUCGAUAAGCUCAGGCGCAAGGUACCAACCUUUGCCUACGAGAAACGACUCUCUCGCAUCGAGACCUUGAGAUUAGCCAUCACCUAUAUAUCCUUUAUGACAGAACUAUUAGCUUCCGAGCACGAGGCUGCUGCUGUAGCUGCAGCAGCCGCAGCAGCUGCAGCAGCUACGAACACCACAACCUCUACAUCAGCCAGUACACGAGGAGCAGCCCACAGAGGACCUUCAUCAACCACCACUCUCCCUCCCAGGCAUCAUGACUACCCCGACUUGGCUCUCGGCAAGCGAUGUCCAUCUUACCCAACCCAACUUCCACCUCCAUAAUCUUAUGCAGUAUCUCUGUGCUGUCUAGUUUAUCAGUUUAUUUAUAUUUAAGUGUAAUUGUGGAUAGAAAAAUCACAUUUAAUCAAAUGUGGCUUAUACAGUACAUCAGUAUCUAGUCUUCCAAUUGUAGUUUUAGCAUUCAACCAUCUUCCAGAAAAAAUUAUUAAAUGCUUUAUAUUCAUACUAGACACAUUACUCAGUAACUGCUAGUGCUGGACAAUUAGAUCAGCACUGCAUAAGCUCAAGUUAUUCAUGAAGACACUAAGUGCUGGUAAAUACCUCUCAUCACAUACUGCUGCAGUAAUGUACAGUAUUCAUGUACAAUAUUAAACUGUGGCUACACAAAAUGGUGCUUAUUCUAUUCUUAAAUAUUCAGUCACAUUGCAUGACCUUAACAAAGCAAAUAUACAUUAAGAUAAAAUAAAAACUGCAUACUGUAAUGUCUUAUUUACUAGGUGCUAGUCACCAUGUGUUUAAAAUAUGAAUAGUUUGAUGUACCAUAUAAAAAAUAAUUAAAUAGGCUACAGCAAAGCAAAAAUUUGCCUACUUACUAAACUUGGAUAGUAAAAACAAUACUGAAUUUUCUCCAAAUGUUACCCACACAGGUUCUUCUUCAGUACUGUAGUUUGUUCCCCUCAGUGGCUGUGUAAUGAAAAGUUGUGCCAUAUACAAUAGUGUUCUGUUCAAGGACAUAGUGUCUGAGAGUAGAUAGUGUAAAGUAUUAUAGUACAGUAUUAAAUGACUAUACAGUACAUGCAGAGGGAGAGCAUAACUUUCAGUUUCUAAGAGCAAGAGUUGUGAAAGUACAGUACAAGAGAAUAAAGAUAUUCAACUUAGUAGCAGGCAUCUAUUGUUUCAUGAUUAGAGUUCCUUCUUGAAAAUUACCUAUAAGGGGGUGAAUGAGACAAAUACCUCUCCUAUGAACUGAAUAAAAAAAAAAAUUCAGGAGGGAGGAAGCUGCCCCUGAUAUGAGAACAACACUGAGACUUUUGUAAAGCUUUAAUAACUAACAAGUGUCAUAUCUUUUAAUCCCAAAGAGAAAUCUUAGUUCUUGGGAUUCACUUUUGGCAAAUAAAGAAAUGUGAUGUUUCCAGGAUAAAUCAAAAGGGAAUACUUUUUUGAAUACAAGAUCUGAAGGUUAUAAAUUAAGCACUUCAGCUCAAUGAGUAAAGAGAGCCCUCGAAAAAAAAAUUUAUUUGCCUAUAUAGUAGUUUUAAAAACAUUACCAUUCAACUAUGCAAAAUAUAGAUGGGUUAAACAUGUGUUCACACUUUACACUUGCUAAGAUUCUCAUUAAACCUCCAGUUCGUGCAAUAUAUAACUUUUCCACUGCCAUCCUUAUAAACAGCAACAGAUUUCAUAAAACUAACAAUUAAACAUGUUUACCAUCUAGAUCAGUGUUACACUUGGAUGCUUGUUUUUUCACUACAUUCUUACUGUAUACAUCUUUGAAAAAUCUCAAUUUUUGCCUUGUUCCUCUUAUGAUUUAUCAAAAAUUAAAUACAUAUGCAUAUGUAACCCUUUGGAAAUUGUCAUUUAGUUCUACCAUGAUUCAAUCCAUUAUUCAUUAAUUAUAACCAUACCAUGGGUAGGGUUUGAACCUGCGGUUUGUUUGCAAUCAUGUCAUUACGAUUUCGUGAGUCAUUCAUUAAUUUUGUUAUUUUCUCUCAGUCUCAAAAUUAUUUUUUAUUAACACAUCGGCCAUUUCCCACCAAGGCAGGGUGGGCCAAAAAAAGAAAAACUUUAAUCAUUCACUCCUUCACUGUCUUGUCAGAUUCAUGUCUACACUGCAGUUUAUGAAACUGCAACAUUAACACCCCUAAUCUAGUACUAUAAUGUUUAAUAAACAUGUUGCCAUUGUAUAUAUGCUUACACUCCAGAUGUUCUUAGAAGAUUCGAUGGGGCACAAAGACGUACUGAUAAUAGGGGACUCUCAACAAGGGAGGGAAGAGAUGGUUGUUAGACACAAAUGAGUCAUAAACAUGUCAAAAAGUAAGUCUUCCAAGUAGUAAUACAGUGUAACAAUGUGUAUAAGAAAAUUGUGAAAACAGUCUUGACUCAGUUUUAAGGGUAGGUAUAACAGUGUCUGUGAGACCAGGAAUAUUAUGAAGCCAUUUGUGAGUAGUCAAGAGAAGUAGAGGAGUACAACUAACAUUUGAAACUAGUUUAAUAUUCCAAAACUUUCAUACUUAAAUUAAUCAGUCUUAUCAAACCCAUCAUCUAUUGUGAUAAAUGGCUUUGAAAACCGACAAGUUGAAGACUGAGACACUUGUGUAACAUAUGGGAAUCUUUAUUUAGGAAACGUUCUGCCACACAGUGGCUUCAUCAGUCUAAUACAAAGCAGAAGGGUGUAAAGAGAGGAGGAGUUUGAGGUAAUCAGUCCCUCAGCCUGGAGUCGAUGUGUUCAGUCCAUCAGUCUUGUAGAAUGUACAGCAUAGGGCCGUAGACGUGGCUUAUAUACUGUAGUCAGGUGAGGCGAAGCAGGAGGAGGCAGGGUCAUAGUGGUACCAUCCACUAGUUGAAGUAGAUCUUUGUCCAAAGGUUGGACAAGUUUGAAGAAUUCUUUGUAUCAAGAUCCCAUGAUGAUGCAGUGUCUGACAGUUGUGAUAAAUGCUUUGCAUUGGACUGAUGAAGCCACUGUGUGGUGAAACGUUUCCUAAAUAAAGAUUCCAGUAUGUUGCAUAAGUGUCUCAAUCUCCAUCAUCUAUUAUUUAAAACCCAAUACUGUACUGCUUGUCACAUGUUUUUCAGUAUCUAAUGGCAGACCAAGUAUCACUUCCACAAUAUUUCACAUACAUGUAAUACUGUUUGUAUUUUUUCCAAACAAAAAUCAAACUAAGCUGUCACUUAUAAAAGCAUAUCUCUCCCAUACACUUAUAGUUUUCUCUUACAUUUCUAAAUUGCUAAUUAAACACUUAAAUUUUCGUAAUGUAGCCAACUGCAAUUUCUUUGUAGAAAUGUUAAUCCUGUUUUAUUGUAAGAAACUAUUUUUUUAAUUUUCUCUGGAAUUUCUCCUUAUUGGAAGGCACAAGUUAAAAAACUUCAUGUAUUCUGGUAUCAGUUUAUUUUCCUCUAAUCUGUGAACUACCUGUAAGCCAAGGUUUAACUGCCAUGGAAUAUGAAAAAUUUUAUAUUAUGGACUGGUUUAGUUAAUAUAUAAAUUUUCUCCUUUGUGAAAUUGAGAAGUGGGGUAAUGGUCAGUAAGUUUAUUCAGGCACAGGUACACAUGUGAUAAAUGGUUCAGAAAACUGACAAGCGGAAGAUUCCCAAAUGUUGCAUGUCACAUCCUUCACAGGUACACAUAAGUACAAUUAUCAUACAUAGUGUAAAUUACCUAUAACCCAUCCCCCCCAAAAAAAAGUCAAAGUGGGUGACACUUAUUGCCCUGUGAAAAUGAGAAGCGGGGUUAUGAUAUAAAUUCUAUCAGUGUGUACAAAAAGAUCAUACAUACUUUCAUACUUUAACAAUUAAUACAGUACAGUGCUGUACUUUAAAACUAUUAUUGUGUUUAUAAGAAGUGCUAAGUCCAUGUUGGUUAUUCAGCUCAAAAUGAUGAAGGCUUGACUCUCCAUUUACUAAGGACAAGACACACAUUAUCUAAUUGUACUCACCUAGCAGUCUUAUACCUUACUUUAAAAUAAAUUGAAGCUUUACAGAUAAAACUCAGGUGUAGAGCAAGCUUUCACUGUAACAUUUAACCUGUCGGUAUUUUAUACCAUUUUAAUGUUCAAAUUUAACUUUGUGUAGAGCUUUAUUAAGUCAACAAAGACAUUAUCAUAAUGAAAGCUUCUUCUGCACCUGUUGUUUCUUCAUAAUUGUCAGCAGAGAGCCUUUGUAUUCUAGAACUUUAUAUUUCUCAUUUACUGCAUAUGCCUAUUUUAGGUACCUGGAUGUUAGUCAGUUGUCAUGGGUCACAUUCUGGAGGGGUGGUAGUAUACUUUAGAUUUGGCUGGACUUUGAAGUAUACUACUUCCCCUCCAGAAUGUGACCCAUGACAAUUGACUAACACCCAGGCACCUAAUUACUAUCUAGGUGAACAGGGGUAGCAGGUGUAAGGAAUCAUGCCCAAUAUUUCCACCCACACCUGGAGGGUGUUACAGGAGUCAAUGCCCCUGUGGCCCAGUCCAUGACCAGACCCUGCCAGGAAUCGAACCACAGACACUCAAUAUUUAAGCCUGAGUGCACUGCCAACGAUAUAAAAACUGAAUUAUACAGAGCUUUAUCUGAAUUUUUGUUGAUUCACUUGUCCUGGAAUGACCUACACAUAUCAAAAGAUACACGUACUUUUAAAUUAGUCUUUUAGGAUUGAGGUGACAGUUUAAGAUAUGGAAUUUUUUAGAAAAUAUCCAGUACACUAUACAUAAAGUACUGUAAAUGGCAGCAGAGGUAGUCCAAUAAUUCUUCUGGAUGUAUUUUUCAUCCUUUUCAAUAGUAUUAGACACAGGGUGACAGAAAAUAUGUUAACAAGGGCUUUUUCAAAGCUAUUAACAGUUAAUUCACAUUCAUUAACUCUGGGCUACAUUUGUGACAUAUUUUUUAACUUUUUUAUAUUUAUCUAUUUUUAUGUAAAGACAGCAAUGUUCAGUUGUACACUUAAAUUUUUGUCUAAUGUUCUGUAUGUUAUAACGAUAAAAAUUGUACAUGACAUCCAGGUAACUAAAGCUAUUUUCAGGCUUGUUAAUAUUGCACAUGAAUCCUUCAUUGCUGCAUUUGUAUGUGCUUCACUUUCCUGUGUUUGUUGUUCACUUUCCUGCCAGUCACAUACCUAUAAUUAAUUUUGAGAGUUUUUCUAACCCUCACAGCUUGGCAUGAAACAAGGCUUCCUUGUUGAUUGCCUGUUCAACCAGGCCAUUACUAUUAUUGAUCGGCUCACCCACAAAACCAUCACAACCUGUUUAUUAAUCUGUCCCUUGGUGAGGGUAGUGGUUAAGUUUCUUCAAGAAAAAUUCUACAUUUGUCAACUGGCCUUGAGGGAAAGAUUACCAUGUCAAGAGCAACAAGGAUGUAACAAGGUCAUUUUGAUUUAAUCUUAUCAUGAGCUGUGUAAAAGCCCCCCACAAGAUCAAUAAAAUUUUAUUGAUACAAUACAGGGGGCCCUGUUUCUAUGGCUGUUAUGUUCCUGACCCCCGAAAAUAAGUGAAAAUCACCGGCAAGUGGAAAAGAGCAUUUUUUCAAUAUUGAAUGUGUCUAAAAUGCCUGAUGUGUUCACUUUAUCACAUGUAAAGUGCUCAAUACAGCUAGGCAUAAAAAACAGAUACAAAAGCAAAAUAAAUAAAAAUACAUCCAAUAUGGAACUAGUCACCCUUCCCUUACACAACUGACCGUUGUGCAAAAACGGCAGAAAAGCAGAAAAAGCAUCAAACAUAAUGAACAAUGGCUCAAUUGAAAACCAACAAAAACGUAGAACACUGAAAAGAGGAUGCUGAAUAUGUGGGGCCCCUCCUAUACACACUACCCUCAUUAUCACAAUAAUCUCAAAUUUCUGAGAUCUAAACUUUAGCUAACUUGAAAUGCUGUGGCUAGUAAUUCUGGAGGCAAUAAAAUCUAAACAAAUUAUGAGAAAAAGACAUACGUAAAACAAGCUUUUGUAGGAAUAACGAAAGCUUAUUAAGUUACUGAUGACUUAAUAAACAUUAUAUAAAGCAAAAUGCUAUUCUAAUAAAAUCAUAUUAUAAAUGGUAUACAAUAGCUUUAUUUGACUGAUGAAGCCUGUGGCACAGGCAAAAAUGUUUUUGUCAAUGAUAAAACCUGUGCCUAGGGUUGCACAUACAGUAUGUCUUACUUGUCCUAAGAAAAGCUUGAUCUGCAACAUGUCUCAUUAUUUUCAACACUUUGCUAUUUAGAUUCUGCAACAAACUUAUGUCUUCCACUAUAUACUGUACUCAUGGCCUGUGCUGAGUGACGAUACAGUACAGUAAAUGGUACUUUAGAUUAUGAAUUUUGAGCAAUAUUACAAUAAUAAGAAAUGUAAUUAGACUAUCACAGUUGUUUUACAAUUAAAAACAUGUACAAAUGUCUUUUAUUACAAAACAAAAUACUACUGUAAUACUACUAUUGUUGUUUAUUAGAGAAAUUUCACACUCAAAAGCAGAGUUGCAAUAAUAAAAUAGCCAUUAGUCGUAGUAACUUUCUGUAGAUUAAAAAAAAAUAUUUCUUAGUAUUUAUUCCCUUUCAUAAAUAUUAUUUAUUUAUAUUCCAUUUCAGAGUGCUGUACUGUAUGUUGAGGUUGUGAAUAGCCAUUAGUACAUUCACUAUGUAAAAAAUUUUAAAUGUCAAGAGCAAAACAUCAAAUAAAUGUACUGUAUUACAUAUAUAAAAAUCUUCUUUGUAAAAUAAAAUUUACUAUACAAA